CAUGGUAGUACCUUUCACUUUUUACUCAUGACAAAACCCCAAAACCCCACAUAAUUCCAACUCAAAACCCCAAAAAGUUUAACUAAAAAACACUCACAAAAGUUCAACAGCUUAUUAUGAAUUAAAGUUUUCUAAAAUAAACCAAAGAUAUUAUGAAGCAAUGGAAGAAGCAGAGAAAGAGUUAGAAAGAAGAAGCAAGUUCUUGAACAAUUUGAUACAAAAAAAGAAAGCUAGUGAUCAACAAAACCUUCAUCAACAACUUAACAUUAGAGUCAAAGCUUCUGAUAUGCCAAUUGUUUUGCAAAACAAAGCUUUUAAAUGUGCAAAAGAUCAUAUUGAUUCAAUGUCAUCUACUGGAAAUGGAGUCAAGAUUGACAGCAAAAAACUUGCACUCGCCCUCAAGAAGGAAUUCGACACAUCAUAUGGACCGGCAUGGCAUUGCAUUGUAGGAACCAGCUUUGGCUCGUAUGUCACACAUUCAUUGGGAGGUUUCUUGUAUUUUUCAAUCAACAAAGUUUAUGUUCUCCUUUUCAAGACUACGGUCGAGCCCAUGGAACGUUAACAAGACUAAUUAAGGGUUCACAUUUUGUACUCCAUUCCCUAAGCUAUAGCAUUUCAUGUUUCUAUAUAUUUGACAAAUCUGUAGCGUUUAAUGUUUUCUGUGUCUAAAAGAAGAAGGAAACAGAAGUUUGUAAGAUGGUGGAUUUUGAAGGUUUAUGGUGUUGUACUUUAAUGACCCUUUUGUUAAUAAGUAUAACAUGACUGACUUUUGGCCAUAUGGAC